AUAUUAUGGCGGAAAUCAAUUCAUUGAUCAAGCCGAAUUAUUAUGUCGAAAAAGAGCUUUAGAAGCAUUCGACUUAGAUGAGUCUCAAUGGGGUGUAAAUGUUCAACCAUUAUCUGGUGCUCCGGCUAAUUUAUAUGUUUAUAAUGCAAUAUUAAAACCACAUGGAAGAUUAAUGGGAUUAGAUUUACCACACGGUGGACAUUUAUCUCAUGGUUAUCAAACAGAUACCAAAAAAAUAUCUGCUGUAUCUGAGUACUUUGAGACUGUACCAUAUAGAUUGAAUGAAAAGACUGGUAUAAUAGAUUAUGAUGCUCUUGAAGCAACGGCUAAGUUAUAUCGUCCAAAACUUAUAAUUGCUGGAGCUAGCGCUUAUCCAAGAAAUUAUGACUAUGCGCGUAUGAAAAAAAUUACUGAAAAAAUAAACGCGUAUUUAAUGGCUGAUAUUGCUCAUAUAAGUGGUAUGAUUUCGGCUGGUGCACUACCUUCACCUUUUGGAUUUGCUGAUAUUGUUACGACCACAACACAUAAAUCUCUUCGAGGUCCUCGUGGAGCCAUGAUAUUUUAUAGAAAAGGUGUUAGAAAAGUUGAUGGAAAGGGUAGAGAAACUCUCUAUGACCUUGAAAAUCCUAUAAAUCAAUCUGUAUUUCCUGGUCAUCAGGGAGGUCCUCAUAAUCAUACUAUUACCGCUCUUACUGUUGCACUGAAACAAGCUAAAUCCCCAAUUUUUAAAGAAUAUCAACAACAAGUAAUAAAAAAUAGCUUAGCUUUUGCUGAAGGUUUUAAAAAGAGGGGAUAUGAUUUGGUUUCAGGUGGCACUGAUACUCAUUUAAUACUUAUGGAUUUGAGAUCCAAGGGUAUUGAUGGUGCUCGUGUUGAACGUGUCCUUGAAUUAGCAAAUAUUGCUGCAAAUAAGAAUACAGUUCCUGGUGAUAAAAGUGCAUUUAUUCCAGGAGGACUUCGUGUUGGUACACCAGCUAUGACAACACGUGGUUUCAAAGAAUCCGAUUUUGAACAAGUUGCGGAAUUUAUUCAUCAAGGUGUUCAAAUAACUAAUGAUAUUUGUAAAAAAGUAUCUG